AUGAGCUCUUGGUAAAAAUUAAUUGGAACUAACUUAAGAGAACUUAGAUUUGUUUUUUGCCAAAAUUCUUAAAGAUCUCUAGGUCUUAGAAAUUACAUUGCUAAAAACUACUGGAAUUUAAAAAAUUAAAAUCCUAACUUCCCUUUGAUUGUUAGAGAAUGCGAAGAAGCUGAUCCUUACAUUAUAGCCAGAUACUAAUAUGGUGUUGAAAAGAAGGCUUUUGCUGCUAAUAACAACGAAGCUGAAAUUGAAAAUAUUAUCAAGACUCUCGUUGAAUAAUCUAACAAAGUUAACAACUAAAUGUAAAAGUGA